AGUCGCAAAAGCAGAAUAGUCUCUGAAAAUUAAUGGAAAUACUCAGAGAUGCUCUCUUUCUGCUCUUCAAAGGUACCCAAAUGCAAAAACAUUUUAAUUCCCGUUUAUUUUACUAUUAACAAAUAUUACUCCUCGAAAAACAACUCAAUACAACAUUUCUCAAAUUUGCAAUUACCCCCCAACCUGAUUAAACCCCUUCUAGUGAAACUACUGAAGUCUCAUCCAGGCUCCCUGAACUUUCCCCUCACUGUGCCUUCCCUCUGUUCUCUCAUUCACAUGUUGCUGCAGCACCGCAUGUUCGAUGUUGCUUCGCAAGUUUUUGACAAAAUGGUCAAUCAAUUUGGGAACAAAUAUGACUUCUUUCCUGUGUUUUGUGAUGGCCUCAAGUAUUUUGAUUUGAACCCAAGUGUUUGUUAUAGCUUCUUGAUAGAUAAUUAUUGUAGAAAUGGACUGGUUGGUGAGUCUGUUGAGAUUUUUGCUAAUGUUUGUGAGAUGGGUAUUUGUGUAUCCCCUGAUGUGGUGCAGAGAAUGCUGGGUUGUUUGGUUGAUUUAAAUUGUGUUGAUAUAGUUGUACAAAAGUAUUAUAAGUUAUGUAAAGCAAUGAGAGUGAAGAGUAUUUGUGUGUAUGAGUUUGUGAUGGACGGUUUUUUGAAGAGGGGUGAAAUUGAAAAUGGUUUGAGUUUUCAUGGAAAGAUAAUUCAGAGAGGUUUUAUGCCUAAUAUUGUUGCUUGUAAUAGAAUUUUGAAAUGUCUUUGCCUAUUUAGUCAGAUUGGAAUUGCUUCUAGUUUAUUUGAGAUGCUUCUAAUGGUUGGUCCGAAGCCAAGUGUUGUGACAUUUAGCACUUUGAUUAAUGCAUAUUGUAAGGAGGUGGAAUUGGAUAAAGCAUUUGAGCUUUAUAAUGUUAUGAUAGAGAAGGGUGUGGUGCCUGAUUUAAUCAUCUAUGGUAUUCUUGUUGACGGCCUUCUGAAGGCAGGUAGAUUGAAGGAGGGACAUGAUUUUUUUAUGAUGGUUUUAGAUAGAGGUAUAAAGUUGGAUGUGGUUGUUUUCAGCUCAAUUAUGGCUGCGUACGUGGGAAAUAGGGAUUUUGGAAGGGUAGUGCAGGUGUACAGUAGAAUGUUGAACGAAGGGAUUUUGCCUAAUGUUGUUACUUAUAGUAUCCUUAUAAAUGGGUUGUGUCAACAGAGUGGGGUUGUUGAGGCAUAUGGGGUAUUUGGUCAAAUUGUGAAACGAGGGUUUGAGCCAUCUUUGUUAACUUAUAGUAGUCUCAUUGAUGGCUUCUGCAAAUCAGGAAAAUUGAGAGAUGGGUUUUGUUUAUAUGGCAGUAUGAUAAAGAAUGGCCUUAAACCUGAUGUUGUUGUUUAUAGUUUGCUAAUAAAUGGUCUUUGCAAACAAGGGUUGAUGGGUGAUGCUCUUACAUUUUUCUUUCAGGCUGUAAGUGGGGGUUUAAAUCCAAAUACCUACACAUUUAACACCUUAAUUGAUGGUUGCUUUAGAUUGAAGCGUACAAGAGAUGCUGUGAAGUUGGUCAUGUUGAUGGGGAUGUAUAAUACAAAACCAGAUAUAUUUACAUAUACUAUGCUUAUUAGAGAGACAGCUAACCAAGGAAGAUUGGAUGAGGCUCUAUUGUUUUUCUUCCAAAUCCUGAAGAAAGGUUUGUCACCAGAUAUCAUAACAUAUUGUGCUAUCAUUGAUGGGCUUUGCAAGCAGAAAAAUUCCAUUGCUGGGCUGCAGAUUUUUGAGCUGAUGAAAAGAACUGGAUUAGAUCCUGAUAUUGCGAUAUACAAUGUUCUCAUUUAUAAGCUUUUUAAAGAAUGCCAAUUAGAUGCUGCAUUGGGACUCUUUAAACAACUUGCUGAUAGAGGUCUAGAACCUGAUAUUAUAACAUACAAUUCUAUGAUUUGUGGUUACUGCUCAUUGAAAAGGUUGGAUGAGGCAGUUCGGGUUUUUGAAAAGCUGGAAAGUCAACAAUUCAAACCCAAUUCUGUUACUUUUACUAUACUGAUUGAUGCUUUCUGCAAAGAAGGUAGAAUUGAUGAUGCAAUGCUGAUAUUCUCAAAAAUGUUGGAAAAGGGUCCUGAACCGAAUGUGGUCACAUAUAGCUGUUUGAUUGAUGGUUAUUUCAAAUCUCAAAAUAUGAAAGCCUUUGAGCUCUACGGAGAGAUGCUUGAAAGCAAUAUAUCUCCAAAUAUUGUUAGUUAUAGCAUCCUCAUUGAUGGUCUCUGCAAAAAAGGACUUAUGGAGGAAGCAUUAUAUGUUUUUCAUUGUGCUUUGGAUUAUCAGUUAUUGCCUGACAUGGUUACUUAUGCAAUCCUAAUUCAUGCUUAUUGCGAGGCUGGGAGACUUACUGAAGCUAUGCAAUUGUAUGACCAUAUGUUGAGAAAUGGAAUCAUGCCUGACAAUUUGUUGCUAAGCACACUUACCAAGUAUAAUCUUCGAGAAAUUGCCAAAUGAUAGAUGCUGGAGGAGAUUUCUUGUUUCAUGGUUCACCGAUUUGUCGGACCACAGUGAACGAGUAUGUAUCCUGCACCUUUGAAAUAGUGCCCAGAUGGCUACUAGGAAUGUGGUGCAGUCGUGAGGCUGACUGGCUGAGGUGUAGAGUAUAUCUUUUGUGCAUGUUUGCAUUAUUAUUCAUGCACAAUUGAUUUUUGCUAAGAAUCACACUCAACUUUUGUAAAGAGUUAUUGGAAUGAGAAUUGGCUGGCCAAGUUUUUAUCUCAAGACUUCUCUUCAUCCCAUUUCCUUUCUGUGAAGUAUAU